CCUACAAUGUAGUAGUUUUAAUGAUCAAUCGCCAACAUCCACUAUAACGCCUCCAUCUCUUCUCCUAGUUUUCCAUCGAAGAGAGAGAAAGAGUUAGAGAGCAAGAAUUGUUCAUUCUAGUUGAUAAUUUGAUUCAAAGAUGAAGAAAGAAGAAACAGUGAAAUUGAUUAGCGCUGAAGGUUUUGAAUUUGUUAUCGACAAGAAAGCAGCCAUGGUUUCUCAAACUCUUCGCAAUAUGCUAACUUCUCCAGGCAGUUUUGCUGAAACGGAGCAUGGUGAAGUGACGUUUCCGGAGAUAAGUACUACUAUACUUGAGAAAAUUUGCCAGUAUUUCUAUUGGUCUCUUCAAUAUGCGAGUGGGAAGGAGACUGAGUUCCACAUUGAACCUGAAAUUACUCUGGAGCUGAUGAUGGCGGCUAAUUAUCUACAUACGUAAAUGAAUAUUGCUUCAUUGAUUUAAGGUACACUUGUGGACGCCACUCAAGAAGUAUGGGAUUCAAGAGUGUUACCAUCUAUCUAUCUUCCAGUUCUGGUCCCACGUAGCUCACAGCACUGGGACGUCGCAUAGGAGUAAGCCUACUUGUUUAUAACAUUCUGAAAGUUUAUCUUGGGUGUUGAACCUGACAUAAGCCCUGGAUAUUUUAGUCUAACAUAACAUGUAUGAUAAACAUUGAGCAACACAAUGAUAUUUGCGUCAAGACACUCGCUUGAAUAAUUCCUUUUUUCUGUUUUUU